AACCUUUGAGAAUGUGGUGCGGUGUUUUCGCAAUUUUGUGCCUCCUAUUGGGGAUCUCUGAGGCCCGCAAGGGAUUCGGACCAGGAGAGCAGGACUGGGGCUACGUAGACGUUCGCGAGGGGGCCCAUAUGUUCUAUUGGCUCUACUACACCACGGCUAAUGUGAGCAGUUACACGGAACGACCACUGGUGCUAUGGCUUCAGGGAGGACCGGGGGGCUCUUCCUCGGCGCUGGGCAAUUUCCAGGAACUGGGACCUGUGGAUACGAAAGGUAACCCACGGGAGGGAAACUGGGUGCAGCAUGUAAACGUGCUGUUCAUCGAUAACCCAGUGGGUUCGGGCUUUAGCUAUGCCGAUAAUACUAGUCUGCUGGUGACCAACAAUGAAGAGCUUGUCGACGACCUUUUGACGUUCAUGCUGCACUUCUAUAAGAAGCAUCAGGAGUUCAAGAGCGUCCCGCUGCAUAUUUUCUCGGAGAGUUAUGGUGGUAAAAUGGCUCCUGCCUUGGCUAUCUGGCUCGAUGAGGCCAUGAAAGCAGGAGAGUUGGCUGAGCCAGGAACCCUUAAGUCCGUGACCAUCGGCAAUCCAUGGAUAUCAACUCGACACAUUUGCCGGGAACACUCAAACUACUUGUAUGUCAAUGGCUUGAUCGAUGAGGAUGGAGUGGCGCUACUCGAUGCCCAAGAAGAACGCAUCCUUAGCGCUCUUAAAAGACACGAAUUCAAUAACGCCACCAAUGAGUAUUUGGAGUGGUAUGAUCUUAUGCAGGAGCUGACCGGAGGGGUCUACCUAUAUAACACACAGACCCAUUUGGAUCCCUCAGAAGAUCGAACCUACGGCUAUGGGCCUGAGUUGAAUGAUUUAAUGGAGAACGUUAGUGUGGCCCUGCAGAUUAAUGGCAGUGUCUAUGCCUCCCAGGUUAUCGAUGUGUUAACAAGCCUACACGAAGAUCGCCUUAAAUCGGACUAUAAUGCGAUUCCCCGCCUGCUAAACGAGACCUCCGUUAAGAUAAAUAUUUAUUCUGGCCAGCUGGAUACUCUGGUGCCGACAGCAGCCACUUUGUCCUUGAUCAAGGAUUGGGCCUGGAAUAAUAAGUCGGAAUAUCUGCAGGCCAAUCGCACUGCCAUCGUUAUCGAUGGCAUACUCCAGGGAUUCCAGAAAGUCGGAGGCAAAUUCGGAAUGUACUGGAUUAAUCGAUCGGGACACUUGGCUCCCAGCGAUAAUCCAACGGCCAUGCAAUAUGUCCUGAAAUCCGUCACUCAAUAUGACGCAGAGUCCUCAGAGAAGUAAACGUAACUUAACAAUUAAACUAACUUAAAUCACGAGAAACCACGAAUAAACGAAUAAUUUUAUAUCUAA